AUCAAACACAAUAUCAAGAAGAGAGUAUCAGUACCUUCUCACUCUCUCUGAAGUGGAAGAAAGCACCAAUUAUUUUGAUGAAUCUCUCGUCGUUGGAGUAGGAGGAUUCGGUAAAGUGUAUAGGGGAGAAUUGAGGGAUGGAAGAAAGCACCAAUUAUUUUGAUGAAUCUCUCGUCGUUGGAGUAGGAGGAUUCGGUAAAGUGUAUAGGGGAGAAUUGAGGGAUGGAAGAAAGGUGGCUGUAAAGAGAGGGAGUAGAACUUCUCUUCAGGGCAUUCAAGAGUUUAGGGCUGAAAUAGAAACCCUAUUUAAAUUCCGCCAUGGGAAUUUAGUGUCAUUGAUCGGUUACUGCGACGAGAAUCACGAGUUAAUUUUGGUUUACGAGUUCAUUGAAAAAGGAACUUUGAGAAGUCAUUUGUAUGGUUCUGGUCUUCAAAGUUUAUCAUGGAACGAAAGAUUGAAUGUGUGCAUGGGAGCGGCAAAAGGACUCAAUUAUCUACACACGGCUUAUCCUACUGCGGUCAUUCAUCGGGACGUGAAAUCAGUGAACAUUUUAUUGGACGGAAAUCUCAAUGCCAAAGUAGGAGACUUUGGCAUAUCAAGAACAGGUCCCAGUGUCCAUGAGACGCAUGUCAGCACCGGUGUCAAGGGAACUUUUGGAUACCUCGAUCCCGAGUAUUUUGUGCGAGAGCAACUUACAGAAAAAUCUGAUGUUUAUUCAUUUGGAGUAGUCCUCAUUGAAAUACUCUGUGCAAGGCCGGUCAUUGAUCCAUCACUUCCUAGUGAUGUGAUCAAUUUGAAAGAUUGGGCGAUCAAUCAUAUUCAGAAAGGGCAGUGGGAUCAAAUCAUCGAUCCGCAUUUGAUUAUAGGGGAUAUCAAUCCUAAUUCCCUAAAGAGGUUUAUGGAAAUAGCAGAAAGAUGCGUUGCAGAUCGCGGUGCUGACAGACCCUCCAUGAGGGAUGUUUUGUGGAAUUUGGAGUGUUGUCUUCAAUUUCAAGAAGCGGCUUUUCAUGGUUCGGCUGCCGAAGAUAAUUCCGACAGUAUAGUGGAACUUGCUACACAAUAUGCAACACCUGAUUUUUCUUUGACAAUAUCGGAUGAGGGUCGGGAAAGGGGAAGAGGCCUUGGACGUGCUUGUGAUGCUGCGGUUCAAUGUUCAGCUGCGGAAGAUAAUUCAGAUAUCAUAGUGGAACUUGCUCCAACAAAUGCAACAGUUUCUUCUUCUUCCGCUUCUGCAAAUAUCGAGGACUCACCUGAUUUUAUCUGAUGAGGGCAUCUAAAGUUAGUUUUCUUGAUUUUAUUUUUAUUUUUAAAUUAGUACAAUAUUUGAUAUUUCUGCUUGUUUUAUUCACGACAACUAUAUUGAUUCAGUAUUGUAAUUUGAAUAUCCUCGGAUUUAAAUUAUAUGUUUUACAUGACA